AUGUCAAAGCACCACGUGGAACAUCACAAAACAAUGAAUUUUACGAUUAUUAUCAUUAAGUUGGCUGUUUUUGUCUCAACAUUUGUUUCAGUUAUUAGAAGAAAAGAACCGAACGGAACUUCAAUUUUGCAAAGUCCAUUUCAUAUGAAAAAAGGAAAAAAUAAAACAAACGAAAAAGACUUCAAUUCCAGCAAUGUCCUAGCAGCAAGUGAACAACAAUUUAUUAAAAGGAAGUAA